GACGUCACAGUCUGCGUUUCUGCAGAAAAACAUGGCGGUAGGAUUUCUGCGUUACCUUUGUGGAUCCAUAAAUAAAGGAGUUUUUAUCAAGCAAAGAAGGAAAAUUUUAUUUUGAAAUGGCUAGAGACGAUUUCCCAAUGCUUCAAAGUACUGUUGGAAUGGCUAAGUUUGAUGAAACAAGAUGGAGAGAUCCUGCAACUUCGAGGGAUUCUCAUGGAACAGCUGGCAUGUCUCGGCUCGAUGCCUCGCCCAAGAGCCCGUCGAGCGAGACCAUACACUCGGGUCAUUUUAUGGUCAGCAACCCGCACAAAGUGAAAAAGAGCAGCGGCUUCAACUUUGAUGAUGCGGCCAAGACAACAACGGAGAGUUACUCGUUUUCGAAGGAUGAUAAAAAUCAUUUGGAAAUAGAUUCAUCUUUUGCCAAGCUAUUUGAAUGCAUGAGCUUGGCUUAUCAUGAAUGUGUCAUAGUUUCACCGAAAUGGAAGACCUUCAAAGGAUUGAAAUUGAGUUGGAAGGACAAGAUUCGACUGAACAAUGCAAUCUGGAGAGAAUGGCAUAAUCAGUUUAUCUUGGGUAGGCAACCCCAAAUUUGCCAAUUUUCAUCUCCGUUGAUUGACAGCUACAACACCCCACAGGCUGUAAUUCUUGAAGGCAAGUAUUGGAAGCGAACUCUGUGUGCAGUUGUCAAGGAGUACCAGAAAUGGAGGGUAUUCUACAAGAAGAAGUCUAUCCAAUCAGGACAGCAGGAAGGAAUUCUGGAAGACUUACUCUACCAGCAGCAUAUCCAGGCGCUAAGCAAGAACUUCCUGGACACCAGCUCGGAAGAAGGGACACCAAUGGUCCUGGAUGAAGAGACACUCUUCUCUGAAUUCUCAGACACACUCUUCACCAGCCUUAAUCCAAACUUCCCCUUCCCGAAUCCUAAGGAGAUAGCUCAUGCUGGUAUAAAUGCAGACAUCAUUCAGCCUGGUUUAGUUCAGCUACAGCCAUCCUUGGACGAUGUAAUGGAUACAUUUGACUCAACACCAGAUGUAAUGAAGUCCAGCUAUCCUUCUGCUGCUCAAUCAAAUACAUUUAUAUUCACAGGUCAACAAACUCAGACACAGCUCCUACAACAGAAUGCUCUAUGUAUUGACAGCAGCAUAUCAUCUUUCCAGACAACCCCAACAAUGUCAGGAGAGGAGUCUGUUAGUAUGCUACCUAUGGAUGAUGUUCCGCUUAUUGCAGGAACCAGUGGAUUCAAUCAGCCGCAGCGGCAACAACAGCAACAACAGCAGCAGCAGCAACAGAUGUUACAGCAUAUCCAACCACCCCAGCCACAGCAACAGAUGCUCCAGUCGCUUCAGCAGCCUGUGGAAACACAGAACACAAUGUCUUCUUUUAAUCUGGCUGGGAUGCAGCAGGAUAAUCAAGACCAGAUUAUGAAUAUCUUGCCCAAACCUCAAGUAGGAGAUCUAAACCUUAGCAAUGGCAAUCUGAUCUUGAACCCACUAAAUGGUAAUACUACCCAGGGUAGUGUUGCUACUCUGGGCCAGCAGAAUAUGUUUGGUACACAGCUUCAGCAAAACACUACCCUUGAGUUGGGUGGUUUGGGUGGUGGACUUCAGAUGACCAAUUUACAGAAUAAUGUCCUGCAACAGCUUUUGCAGCAGCAGCAGCAGCAAAAUCAACAGCAACAACAACAGCAGCAGCAGCAGCAGCAGCAACAGCAGCAGCAACAACAGCAGCAGCAUCAACAACAGCAACAGCAACCACAAACAGAAGUGAUCAACCAGUACUUGCCUCUGCAGGUACAGAUCAACCAAAUCAGUCCUCAGUUUGCAAUGCAACAGCAGACAAAAGAUUCAUCUGCUCCACCUAGUAAUCAAGCUGCUGCAGCGAGUAGCAAGCUACAGACAGUUACUCCUAUAACCUUACAGACUGUGAAUGCUCUGAAUCAACAGCAGCAGCAAAAACCCCAGUCACGGACAGCAACAAUGCAGAGAAGUCACAGUCUACCCACCAACAGCUUGCAAACUCCUAACCUCACACAGGGUUCUACUGUGAUGGAUACCAGUUUGGGUCAGUUAUUUCAAGGCAGUCAGAAUAAAAGUAUACUCCAAGGAGUCAGUAAUGCGCAGAUGUUGCAGUUACCGCAGCCACAACAGCAAUUGCAGGCCCAAACAUCAGAUGUGUUUGGCAGUGCUAAUACUGAAACACAGGCCAAAGCUAGACAGCUUCUGAACACGCUGACAUCUACGUUGGCCCAGGUUCAGAAGCAGCAGCAGCAGCAACAGGCACAAGGUCUGAGUGGUUCUCUCAAUGUUACAGGUCUCACUGUCCAACAGACACAGGCUUUAAAGCUGUUGCAGGAGGUAGCCAAACAUGUCUCUGCUGGUGAGCUUUUACAAAAUAGCCAGCAGCAGCAGCAACUCCAAAAGCAGCAGCAACAGCAGCAACUUGAACAGCAAAAGCAGCAAGAGGAGCAGCAAAAACAACAAUUAUUACAACAGCAGAAAGAACAGCAGGCCCAGCUUAGGCGACAAAGGCAGAAAAAUCAGAGGCAGCAAAAGCUGAUUCAACAGCAACAGCAAAAGCAAGCACAACUGCAGCAGCAACAGCAGCAGCAGCAAAAACAGCAGCAGCAACACCAAUUGCAACAGCAAAGAUUGCAACAGCCCCAACAACAACCAACCCUCCUGCAGGGUAUGAAUACAUCUAGAACUGACAGUCAACCUGUACUUACCCAAAUCCUUGGUCGCAAUUUCAUUACAACUGGACUCUCUCAAGUGGCUACCAUUUCUGGUGCAAAUAACAUUCAAAAUCAGCCAACCACCUUUGCACAAACCCAUUCUUUGGCACAGCAGCUGCAACAGAAACCCCAACAAGAUGGACAAAUCCAAACGCUACAAACAAUUCAGUUCACAACUGGACAGCCUUCAAUCUCAUUGGCAACUCCCAUUACCAUCACAUCCCUACAACAAAAUACAGCCCCUUCACCCGAACAGAACAGUGCUAAUACCAAACCCCAAACCACUUUCAAGCUUCAAACUAAUCCUUCAGCAGGAGUCAGUCUGAAGCAACCGAUCAAACCUAAGCAAGUCAUCAAACCCAAGAUACCAGCUAAGAUUGCACCAGCACCUGUAGCUCCUGACCCUAUACCAGUUAUAGCCAAGAGCGAAAUUGGAAAGACCAGUACUUCAUCCAGUGGCACAGCACUUCUUACACAACUCCUUGCAGAAGGAGCAGGCAAAUAUGACACAUCACCAGCCAGCAUUUCAAUAAAACCUGAAGGUGGUUCUUGUACCCCAGUGAGGACCGUUGUCUUUCACCAGGUUAAGACUGAAUCUAAACCAUCUACCAAGGCAGCCCCAUCCACACAGGCUAGUGCUCUCUCAUUGGCCUUGGCCUCGAAUUCUACUACAGCAGCGGGUAACAAGUCUAAAAUAAGCAAUACACCCAUCAAGAUGUUGUCGAGUGAGCCACCUAAAACACAGGCUGUGAGACCUCCAACAGCAGGGUUCUUCACUUCUUCCCUGGCGUCUGUUUUUACAUCUCCUCAAUCAUCCAACAAUGCAACACCGGCUAGUUCAGUCAUCACUAUAGCAACCAGCGACAUUGCUCACUCAAGCAAGUCUUUGCAAAGAAUAGAACCAGCAAAAGAGCCUCUGAUGUCACUAUCACCAUUCUCUUUGAAUACCACACCUAUUUCCAUCAGUCCAGCACCAAGUCCAAUGUCUAUCAUUGAAGAUAUGGAUAGCAUGAAUGAUGUGAACAUGUCGUCUAAGGAAGAGGAAAAAGGAGGAGGGAAACAAUCUCAUAUUUCAGCUGAACAAAAAAGGAGAUUCAAUAUCAGAUCUGGAUUUGAUCACUUGCAUUCACUUAUCCCGUCCCUGGCUCAGAAUCCUAGUGCUAAGAUUAGCAAAGCCAACAUGCUUGUCAAAGCUGUGGAAUACACCAAGAAACUCCAGUCUGAUCGAAGGCAGAUGAAAGAAGAGAUCAACAGUCUCAAGCAAGAAAUUGCGGGUCUUCAUACUGACAUCGGUGAAAGUCAAUCACAGUUGCCAGCCAGUGGAGUCCCUGUUACCAGACAGCGGGUUGACAUGAUGCGUGAUGUAUUUGAUGAAUAUGUCAGAGAGAGGACCACACACAAUUGGAAGUUUUGGAUUUACAGCAUUAUUAUCCGACCUCUGUUUGAGUCAUUUAACAGCACGGUUUCCACGUCUAGUCAGGAAGAGCUGACAAGAUCUGUUCGGUCGUGGCUUGAUCAACACUGCUCCCUCCUAACUCUUCGACCCACUGUAUUGUCCUCGUUGACCCUUCUCAGUCGGACCACGUCCAUCCUGUCAGACCCUACACAGAUCCCACAGCAAGCCAUUGAUGCAGUCACUCGUAAGGAAGAUGAAGUGGACUAGAUGGAACAAGUCACCAGAAACCACUUGUCUUGGAUUGCACAAUAUUUGUGCAUUGGUGUUGAUUAGUAAGGUGAAUGAUGUUCGGUUUAUGAACACUGUCAACAAUGUAACUUGUCUGUGAGAAUUUAUUCAAAGCCUUUUAAGGAAAUAGUUAUUGAGCCAUGACAAUACUUCUGUUUUGAUUGUAAUCAUAUAAGUUCAGGUCUAAUGGCAUAAAGCUGGUUUUGGAUACACGUAUGUGGUCUAAAAAUCAUUAAUCCAUGCUUAUUGCAUGCCUUAUUGACAGUUUAUAGCACUUAUAUCAAGAAGAGUCCCAUAAUUAAUGCACAUUUUUGUCAUGGAGUGCUCCUUAUUCACUUGUUACUAUGGUUUCAGCCGUUGGAUACCGAAUGAUUUUGCUAUAACAGAUCUUUUUCAUAGACUCCAGCUUUCAUAAAUGCAGGCUCAGUCUCCUAACAGGUUAAUCGACCCACUAUUUAUUUGUGUGAACGAUGGGCUUGAUAUUUAAAAACAGUGGGUUCAAUGUCUGAUGAAAUCAUAGCAACACACACAUGUAUUAUAAUGCCCUAUGACAAAAGGGUGUGUUUAUAAAAUUGGCGAUGUUCUCAGUGUAUACACCAAAUUGAACAUCAUUAGCAUGGAUUUAGAUUCAUAACCAUCUUUGUGCCUGUGAGACUUCAUUGGUUUUCUUAAACUGACAUAUGACAGUUAAUGAUCAAUUCCAUGCUUCUGUCAUGUAGGAUUUUCAGUUUGAUUUUAGAACUGUCAAGGGUCUUCAUUACAAUUAUGCAAUGCAUCUGUGUUGUUUGUCUUUGGAUUGACUACAUACUUGAUAUACAGUUAAAUAGUUUGUCAUAAGGUUAUUCAUGAGGGUUUUCUUUCAUUUAUACUUAUUAUAAUGACAAAUUUGCAAUAACAUUUCAAAGCUUCUAAAAUCACUCAAUUUCAUGGGCUGAAAGUAAAUCAGUUAUAUAAAUUGUAUUUUGUUUCUAAUUAUAACUAGUCUUUAUGAAUCAGAACCCAGAAAUGAGUAGAUUAUGGCCAUGCAUCAGGGAGUAUUAUGUUGUAACUUGAGAAUAUUUGUGCUAUUAUCUGGUGUUUGUGUUUGAACCACCAACGUUUAUUUUUCCCCCAGUAUUGUAUCUCCAAUGCUUCUUGUUGUCUUGUAUGUUAGACUUGGGAGGCUUAUAUGAGAUAGAAUUCCUAUUAUGAUUAUUAAAAUGAAUACAUGACUAUCACUAACUGUGCUAUUGGGAUAAAUUCUCUUGCAUAAUAUGGUAUUAAUAUUCAUCCAUUUCAGCAUUCUUGAUAUUAUUAAUCUAUUUUUAAUACAGGUGGGCAACAUGGAUAGCAGAAUUAUUAUUUUUUUCCUUUAAAUACAUGUUUUAAUCUUUAUUCUUUAUACUGCUUGAAGACAAAGUUGAAAUGUAUUUAAUGACAUUUCACUCUAUAUUUGAAAGCAAUGAAAGUAAUGUAAUCAACUUUUCUUGGUUCACGUUCUUCUGAGAAUUUUUUUUUUUAAGUUGCAGCUGAUAAUAUGAUAUAGAUAUGAUAAGAAGAUGAAAAGUGUAGAGUUUAUGUGUUGUGGGGGGCAGAUGAGCAAUUCAAAAAUAUUGUUAUAAUUUUGGAUAGAUGUAUUUUUAUAAAGAUAUGUAUGAAUGAUUUCAUAAAGAGCAAUUAGAAUUUUUAUAAAGGGGUUAAAUUUCUUGUUAUAAAAAAAAUGAAAAGUAACUUUUUUUUUAUUGCUGCUUACAUUUUCCAUGCCAUUUCAGCUGAAUUUUUUUUAAGAUAAUACCUAGUGCAUGUAGGACUUCAUGCAUAUGAAAGCUCCUGUUAAAAUCUGUAUACAAUUCUAGUUUACCAUAACCAUACUCUGGAAUAAUGCUUGACAUUUAAAUUUUGGUCCAGGCUCAUCACAUUUCACAUUUCUGUUUAGUGCCUAGCAUUUACAUCCAAAUAUUCCAAUUCAGCAUGAUAACAGUAUCAUAUACCCAUUGAAUAUAAACUGAUUUGAGGGUGAAUUUAUAAUCACAUAUUCAUUUUUUGCUUUCUAAUAAACUAAGAAAGUCAGUAAGGUAUUUUUCUCCCUUCUAUGCAAAGCAUAUCAAGAUAUAUUUCUGAAUUAUAAAAUAAUCUUAUAGCAUUAUUUCCCACUGGAUGGCCAUUGUUAUUGAACCAUGGUUGAUAUUUCUUUUCUGUGUCAGUGUGUAUAUAAUAGAGCUUGUAAAUUGUAUAUAGAAUGCCUUGUGUAUAUUUAGUUAUGGCUUUAUUCAUGUACAGUACUGUUGUGAAGAAAUAUAAAGAGCACCUGCUUGAAAUUGAAAUUGGCAGUAAAGAAAAUUUUGCCAAUUGGGAGAUGGUUUAGUCAUAUUGAAAGAUGCACAAGUAGAGAAGUAUUUUGUAAUUGAUUAAAAGAUCUGUAUUCCUAUUCAAUGCCUGCAUGCAUAUGGUUUGCUACCCAUCAUUGCACAUUUAAUUUUAUGUAUGUAUGUAUAAUGUCUGUGUCAUUGGGUGUCGUUUGGAAAAUCAUACUUAGUUUUUCACUGUGAACACAAAUUUAUUGGAUGGAUCGAGACUGUAUUAGUGGUAUUAGAGAUGGUGUUUCAUUACAAUGAUUUAGGAAUAUGUUUAGCAUGGAUUGUACAAGAGAAUGGCAUUGGUCACAUUGAAGGAGCACAAGAUGGAUUGAAGUACACUUUCAGCCAGUCAAACAGACAAGGCAUUGAAAUAACUGGGUCCUGUUUCAUAAAGGACUUGCAACUGUUGUAACUUUGCUGUUAUGGCAACUACCAUGGUAACA